GGUCUAGACUCAUAGGUAACAUAAUGGCAGUGAGUAAUUUGUGUAGUUUAAUGCCUCUGUCUGAAAUAUUUUUGUUAUGAAUUAAUGCAGAAAUCAACAUGAAUCAAUGGAAGCCAGUGAAAGAAAAGGAUCGAUAUGGGAUUGCAAUCCACAACUUUCAUCAGGAUGCAUUGUACAGGAUAAAGUUAAUGGUUGGAGAUGCUGUUCACAUUCUGGAAGAAAAUGGAGACUGGUUCUUUGGAUAUUCCACCAAGAACCGUGCAGUCAGAGGAAUCUUUCCCAAAUCUUACAUCCAUGUCAAAGAAUGCAUUGUUGACAAAACUGGACCAGUGGAAGUGAUAACAUUGAAACAACCUCAUGUUGUCCAAGAACUAACAUCUGUGUUGAGAGAAUGGGGCCAUAUAUGGAAACAUUUGUAUAUUGUCCAUAGUGAACACUUUGAGACAAUAGAGCAUCGGAUUUGUGAGUUGAUUCGGUACCGAAGUAAAAUCCUAUCAGGCACAUUGCCUGUAGAUGAACUCAAAGAAAUCAAACAGCUAGUCACAUCAAAAAUAGAUAUGGGUAACAAGUUACUAGAUCUUGAUAUGGUAGUUAGAGAUGACCAAGGAAAUAUUUUAAACCCAGAUAUUGCUUCCACCAUUCAACUAUAUUGGCAACAUGAACUAGCCACUGAAAGGAUAAGAAAAGCCACUUCUGGCCCCAUGAAGAAAGUGCAGAAGACGGUGACGCAGUACUCGCAUAUAUUUUUCGUGUCCGUUCGUAACUUUGUUUGCAAGAUGAAUGAGGAUGCUGAACUUCUCAUGACGCUGUACGACGCCAAAGAAGGCCGAGCUGUCACAGAAAAUUAUGUAGUCAGAUGGAGUAAGGAGGGCUUGGCACGGGACAUUGACCAAUUGCACAACCUCAGGGUGUUGUUUACUGAUUUGGGUAGUCGAGAUUUACAUCGUGAAAAGGUGUACCUGGUUUGCUAUGUAGUGAGAGUAGGUGCUAUGGAGGUCCGAGAUCCCGACCAUAGACGAAAUUCACACGUUCCAAAGAAGGCGCAUGCCGAGGGCAUGAGGCGUCCCUUUGGCGUAGCAGCAAUGGAUGUAACUUUGUACAUCAGUGGCAAGAUAGAAGGCAAUGAGGAGGAGCACCACUUUAUUCCUUUCUUGCAGUGCUGCGAUAGGGAUAACUUAGAUGGUACGCUCAGAAGGAUACUCACCGUUAAGGAACUGACACACAAGGAGCAUAAAGGGCAGGGUCUCUGGACUAGCUUGAAACUGCUGCAUGGUGAUUUGAAACAGGUUCGAGAAGAGAAUCCACAUUUAGUAUUGGGCAAUGUGACAAUAGCACGAAAGAUGGGUUUUCCAGAAGUGAUACUACCUGGAGAUGUGCGCAAUGAUCUAUAUCUUACUCUAGUGAGCGGGGAAUUUUCUAAAGGAAACAAAUCGACAGACAAGAACGUUGAAGUUACUGUCAGAGUCUGUAAUGAGAAGGGACAGAGCAUUCCAGGUGUGAUUACAUUGGGUGGUGGAGUUGAAAUGAUAAAUGAGUACAGAUCUGUCAUAUAUUAUCAUGAAGACAAGCCCCGGUGGUUUGAGAUAUUCAAAGUAGCUGUGCCCAUUGAGGAGUUUAAAGGAAGCCAUUUAAAAUUUACAUUUAAGCACAGAUCUUCAAACGAAACCAAAGACAAGACGGAGAAACCAUUUGCUAUGUCGUACGUGAAGCUGAUGCAGGAAAAUGGGACCACGUUACGAGAUGUACAGCAUGAACUUCUAGUGUACAAGAUUGAUCACAAGAAGUUUGAAGACAGUGAUUUGGGCUAUUUAAACCUUCCUUCAACACGAGAAGAGUUGACUGAGGGUCAAAAACCCCAACAUGGGGGCAUAAGUCUUAGCAGCAAGGAUAGCUUCACUAUUCAUACCAAUGUGUGUUCAACCAAGCUGACACAAAAUGUGGACUUGCUUGGGCUGUUGAACUGGGUAAGCCACCCCGAAGGCCUUAAAGACAGUCUUGCAGCGUUGAUGAAGGUGGAUGGUGAGGAGGUAGUGAAGUUCCUUCAGGACGUGUUGGAUGCACUGUUCAACAUUCUCAUGCAAAACUCAGAUUCUGAUCUGUAUGAUAACAUGGUCUUUGAGUGCCUUCUUUGUAUCAUUGGACUGGUGUCCGACAGGAAGUACCAACAUUUUCAGCCAGUUUUGGACCUCUACAUAAAGGAGAGUUUCAGUGCCACUCUUGCCUACAACAAACUGAUAGUGGUUCUCAAGUACCACAUAGACAACGCCAACUCUACUGACAGUCAGGAUAAGGACAUGCUGUUGAAGACAAUGAAAUCCCUGCAGUAUUGCGUGCGCUUCAUAGUACGUUCAAGACAGCUGUUCUCAGAGUUGAACGAAGGGAAAGGUCAGCAGCAGUUUGAAAUUUCAUUAAAACAGCUGCUCCAGAGCAUCACCGGAAUGAUGUGCUACAAUACAGACAGCACGCUGUUGGUUCAAGGGGCAUGUCUUAAGUACCUGCCAUUCACCAUUCCAGAUAUUCUGACAGUAUUCAGUGCCACAGAACUGAGUGGCUUAUUAACAGAGCUUAUCAACAAGGUUCCUCCAAAUCGCCUCAUGAAGCAGAAGAUGAUGACUGUGAAUGACAUUGUACACAGCAAGUUGUUUCUGUAUUCCGACUGCCGUGCGAUUCUGCUGCCAGUCAUCACAGCUCAUAUCAAAGAGCUCCUUGAGUCCAGAGAGGAGGGACGGGGUGGUGUUGAGUUCCGCAACAAGACAAAGUCUGUUGCCAAGGUUGCCAAGGUGCUGGGAGAAAGCAAGCACAACCUCAACUCUCAUCGCGGGCACACUGAGGAGGUUGAACUUUGUGUGAAGAUCCUUAGUGAUAUAAUGGAGCUACUGUUCCGUAGUGACAUUGGACCAACAGUUGCAGAUAUAAAAGAUAUCAUGCUUACUGUCCUGCGAACCGUAAUCCAGACCACAAUAUCAAUGGACCGGGAAAGCCCUUUAGUUGGCCGACUGGUAGCUGUAAUGAUAGCAAUUUUCCGGCAGAUGACAGGGCAUCAUUUUGAAGUGUACAUAGAUCACUUUAUAACAAUUACAGACCUGCUUGAUUUUCUUAUGGAAAUCUUACUUGUAUUCAAAGACCUGGUGUCAAAGCCUGUUUAUCCCAAGGAUUGGUGUGAAAUGAUAAUGCUACAGAACAGUGUAAUUCUCAAGUCUCUUCGUUUCUUCUCGCACACAAUUCGUGACUACUUCUUCCAACCCUUUGAGCACCAGGCAUGGAACAACUUCUUCCAUUGUGCUAUUGCAUUCCUUACUCAGCCAGCGUUGCAGUUGGAUGUCUUCAGCCAAAACAAGCGUGCGCGAAUAAUUGGGAGGUAUAAGGACAUGCGCAGGGAGACUGGUUUUGAGAUACGCAGCAUGUGGUUCAACCUUGGUCAGUACAAGAUUCAGUUUGUGCCUGGAUUGGUUGGUCCGUUCUUGGAGAUGACCUUAAUUCCAGAGACUGAAUUAAGAAGAGCAACAAUUCCAAUAUUCUUUGACAUGAUGCAGUGUGAAUUUUACUCUUCACGAGUAACAAGUGAAAGCUUUGGUGAUACCAAGCGUAACACUUCAAACAUCAAGGCCCACUUCUCAGAGUUUGAGAAUGAAAUGAUUGCCAAGCUAGACAUUCUGGUGGAAGGGGGGCGUGGAGAUGAGCACUAUAAAGAACUGUUCGGAGAAAUUAUGCUGGAUCGUUGUGAAAACCAUUCCACUAUGAAGGAUCAGGGUAUAAAGUUUGUAAAAACUGUGACUCGUCUGAUGGAGCGAUUGCUGGAGUACCGUUUUAUCAUCACAGAUGAGAAUAAAGAAAAUCGCAUGAGCUGCACUGUCAAUCUUCUUGACUUCUACAGUGAGAUAAACCGCAAAGAGAUGUAUAUCCGCUAUGUAAACAAACUGUGUGACUUGCAUCUGGAGUGUGACAAUUACACAGAAGCCGCAUAUACACUGAAGUUGCACAGCAAGCUGCUCAACUGGUCCGAUGCUCCCUUGCCUCCUUUGUUGAAGAGCCAUAAGUACCUUAAGUGUCAGACACACAGAGACCUCAAGGAAGCAUUAUACUAUGACAUCAUCAACUAUUUUGACAAAGGAAAGAUGUGGGAGUGUGCUCUAGCCGUGUGCAAGGAACUGGUGACGCAGUGCGAAGAGGAAAUAUUUGAUUACAUACAGUUGAGCUCACUUCUGAAGAGAAUGUCACAGUUCUAUGACAGCAUAAUGAAGCAGAUUAGACCAGAACCAGAAUAUUUCCGUGUUGCUUACUAUGGUCGAGGCUUUCCAGCUUUCCUGCAGAACAAGGUGUUUAUAUACCGUGGUAAAGAAUAUGAACGUCUGAGUGAUUUCAGCAGUCGUACAUUGAACCAGCUACCCAAUGCAGAACUCAUGAACAAGCUUACUCCACCUGGAGAUGAUAUCAUGGAGUCUCCACACCAGUAUGUUCAGAUUAAUAAAGUUGAACCUCUAAUGGAUGACCGUAAGCAGCGAUUAUCUGGUAAACCCAUUAGUGACCAGAUCCUGCGAUAUCACAGGGUGAAUGAUGUGCAGAAGUUUCGCUUCUCCCGUCCAUUUCAUCGUAAGGAUCCACUGAGGCUGUCUGGUGGAGAUGGAGAUAAUGAAUUUGCAAGUCUCUGGCUAGAACGUACCGUAUUGGUCACAUCGUAUCCACUACCUGGAAUUCUCCGUUGGUUUCCAGUUACCUCCACCGAUACAUAUCAGGUGUCGCCAUUGCGAAACGCUAUCGAGACAAUGGAAGUUACCAACAAAGCUCUACGAGACCUCAUAAUAGCUCACAGAAGUGAUGCUACAUUGCAGUUGAAUCCUUUGAGUUUGAAGAUCAACGGCAUUGUAGAUGCUGCUGUGAUGGGUGGUGUGACAAAUUAUGAGAAGGCAUUCUUUACACCUGAGUAUGUAGAAGUGCACCCAGAAGAUGCAGCUCUCAUCACCAAGUUGCAGGAUCUGAUUGCAUCACAAAUUCCGCUCUUGGAUUUAUGUAUUCAAAUUCAUCGUCAGAGGGCUCCUCCCUCUCUUGGGCCAUUCCAGCAGCGACUGGAGGAAUGUUUUGCUGAAAUGCAGAAUCAUGUAGAGUCCAAAUAUGGAAAGAAGACUUGUGAUUUGAAACUUGAAAGUGCUCAUUCUGUAACGAUGAGGAGACAGUUCAGUACUAGCAAUUCACACGCAGAUAAUCGUCUGUCUGAAGCUAGCCUCACGUCAUCAGAAGGGAGUAGGUCACGUGUCUCAAGUCUAACCCGAUCACAGGUUACUACACUCAAAAAUUUUGCUACCACAUUCAAUUUCUCCAACAUCAAUUCAUCUAACACGCUGGGAAGGGCCACUGUGUCUCAUUAUGGCAAUUCUCCAAGCAAACAACACAGCAUUGGAUCCCCUUUGGUGUCCUCGAGAUCACAGUCUAUGUUUUCUAAGACAUCAAGUUCUCCAUCACUUAAAGGGACAUCUAAGCGAGAUAAGUCAAGCAAGGAAAGUAAGAGGCGGUUGUCACGCAAGAAUGAUCGUGAGUCAUCGUCAUCUAUUCAGUCUUCCACAUCUACUAGUCAGUGGUACACCACACCAGAACAGGAGCUAUCACCUCCGAUAUUCACUUCUGUGGCCACCACGCCCGUGUUCGAACUGCGGCAAGAGUUAACACCAAAGCGCCCAUUGCGGUCAGAAGUUGAACGUGAACGUCGUAUGAGUCGCCCAUCAAGCGGACAGUUCCAGGCAUCAAGUCGAUUCAACACCACUUCUGUUCUGAAUGCAAGGUUCAAUGGAAGCAGCACUACUCCAUGCAAUAACCGUGACUCCAUAGGAACCACAGACUCAACAGCAAGUGAGGAAGAUAUGAUUCCUCCCCCUUUGCCUCAAAAAGCAAGAGAUGCUGACUAUUGCAAUCUUCCAGAUGAAACGGACUCCUUAGUAUCUGAUUCUCUGCGACCACCCACCACUCCUCGAGUCAGAAAUAAGCCGCCACCUCCAGAGCCUGUUGAGAAGGAACCGCCUCCAACACCACCACCAAAGAAUCCAGGUCUCAAGCCCCCGUUUUGUUAGACCCUUGUGUAAUCAAAAUAUUGAGAUGCUAGGUUUGUGAAACAUUUCAAGACUCGGUGAAGCUGCUUACAUCAUAUCCAGCACAGCCAUGACAUCAGACUGCAAAGUUCAGUUUCUGUAUCAUUAACCUAAAGGUAAAGUGCUUCAUUUCUAUAUUUACCAGGCAGUAACAGCAACCUGACCACUGUUUAUUUAUUUAAAAAAAAAAAAGUUUUCGUAGUAUCAGUUUAGGAAAAAAGUAAUUUCGUGUUCUAUAAGACAGCCCAUGCUACUGUAAAGCUCAUUCUUAAGACAGUAUUAUUAAAUACAAUCAAAUCUGUACCUUCUGAAUUUAUUUAUAUGAAAGACAUUGUUAUACCAUAUUAUACCCUCCAGAUUAUUAGGUACACAGGUUUUUUUUCUCUCGUCUUUUUUGUGAAUGGUCUGGUAUUGCAACCUCAAAAUAAUUGCUAAAUCUCGAGAAGCUCUUGGUUCCUUUAUUAUGUUGGCUAGCCUGUGUCAUUUGGUGUGUUUCCACGUGCAUGCUUUGAUUUAUAUGGUAGUUCCAUUUCUGGAAAUACAUAACACAAAUUUCAAAAUUUUCUACAUUAAUGUAAUGUUUAUAAGGAGUCGAUUAUGAGUUAAAAUUUUCCUAUAGUUAACUCAGUAAUUGUGGUAAUUUUUAGUUAUUUAAAAGUAAAGUAACAUUGUAUCAACAUAGAAAGGCAUUUAUUUGAACAUUCGGGUAUGGUGUUAUAUAAGCUCCGUGUCCCACUACUAAUUGCUUGUCUUCAUGUGAGCUAUGAGAUAUACAAUCUACAAAGUGAGGUUGAGAGAGGCAUCAAAUAACUUUGUAUGCGAGGAAACAACAAGUAAAUAAGAGGUAUUCUUAAGGGUGUAAACUACGCACGUGAGAACGCAGAAACUGAGGAUCCACAGAUCAAAGUAUACAUCAAAAUAUACAACUAUGUACGUGAAUUGUAUUAUUCUUUUAAAUGUCACAAAUAUGCGGUCUUUGCUGUUGAGAAUGUUCUCAGCAGUAUUUUGAGUAAAACUUCGAGAAUGUGCGAGAUAUGUUAUAUAAGUAGAUACUUCUUAUAUAUAAUCAUUUGUAAAUAAACCCUUGUGGACACAAAUAUAUGUGUUCAUUUGUGGUGUUUGUGUCUUUGAAGAUUUCAAGGUAAUUCAAAAAUUAAAGGCAAUGUAAUUAAGGUUUCAGCAAACUAAUCGCACGAUGGUUAAGAGUUAUAUUAAUUUUUAAUGUAAUCGACCACGUUUUCUAUGCACUUGGUCUAACGAUCUCGAAUCUUUGUAGUUGUAUCAGAAUAAAGUGGUUCCAGUUGAGCAUUGUGCAGUUCUUGCGCUGCUCAUUUCCGUAAUUGGUGCGCAUUUCAGAUGCAGUUUUGUCAAGGCUGAUUCUUCUGUCGUUCCAGAUACGCCAAUGAAUCUGCUUCUUAAUCUCAGUAUAUUUUAUUGUUCACCCAGAAUUUGUUGGUGUCAGUUUUCUGGGUUGCAAUUCCAUGUUAUCUUUUUGGUGGUUACCAGCAUCCCCCAGAGGCAUCUACAAGAUCAUGUGGAGUCACAACCCAGAAGACCAAAAUUGAAAUCUUCAGUGCCUUGCCAGCCUCAAGUCUCAGGUUCCCAAAAUGCGCAAUCAACAUUCAUCUUCUGGCCUUUAAAUCUUUCCGCCUAUUUGUAAAAUUUCCUUUGGCCCAUACAAUAAUUAUUGAACUAUUUUUUCAUAAAUUUCUAAUUUUUUUCACUCACACACGCUGGCCACAAAUAUUUAAUCACGUGUCAAUAGUCUUCAGUAGUAAAUUAUGUCUUGGAGCAGCCGUAUUAAACGUAUCACAGUAUGAUAUUACUACUCAGAGGAGAAUGAAAUUCAGCUAGAUGCAUAGUGUUUAAUACCGCCAACAUCACGUUUGAUGAAAAUUAACGUUGCCUUUACUUUUUGGCUUUUUUGUUAUAGAAUUGUGGUGUUUAUAUGUCCAAAAUCUAACCAAAGUUUCAAAGUAGUAUUAAAUAUAUAAUUUUUAUAUUGAUGUGAUUAUGUAUUUAAAUCAGAGGUUGUAUAACUUUAGUUUUUCUUUCGCUCCCUGAUUUCUCUGUUGAGGUAUGCAAGAAAAUUCAUAAUGUUUUGGAAGACAAUUUGUCUCUGUAGGUACAUAUUUAUGAUAUUACUUAAGGUUAGUAUAAACUGAUGAAUUUCAAUGACGUUUCAACACCAGCUGCAAAUGUGGCCAAAAUAAUUUGUUUGUUUAAGUUUUCGUACAUUUAAGCUGAAGCUAAAGAUGUGCUUGCCAGUUGAUUUUAUUAGCUUCUGCUACAAAAAUACGGUUGGUUGUCGAAGGGAGUGGAAAAACUCGUAGCCUUGUCUGGUAAUGCUUUAUUAGUGUUGUAACUACAGUUUAACAUGAUCCACACAAAUAAGUAGUAGUGUUUUAUGUUACCAAUUCUUGAACACCCUGCCAUAUAGGUUUAGGUUUUUAUUUAAUGGUGUUCGUAUGACAUACCAUUCACAGGUAUGUGGACAUAAGAGAAGAGUUUUUUUGUAAGUUUGUUGAGAAAUAUUUCUUGACGGUAACUAAACAUCUAAAGACAACUUAGUCAGCUUGGUGUUUUUUUGGGUGAAAUAUGGAUGUUUCAGUACGUCUUCCUGCCUUUAUUUAUCAUUCUUAUAUUUUAUGCCAUCAGCGGAACAUGCGCCCAUACCACUUUCUACUUUGUUUUACCGAUUUUUGUUAUGUUUCUGCUUUCGGAUCUUGCCUAAAUCAUGGUUUCAUAUUUUACCCCAGUAGGUACAUACAGCAUACAGAUUUUAAACGUUGUGCCAGGUAUUUUAAGUUCUGUUAUUAUAUUUUAUUUUAACAUCAUCCCUUGCCUGUUAUUUAAAUUACAGUAUGUAUAAAAAUUAAAAAAAUUAAAAUUCGCUGUAUUCAUGUAAGAACUCAGGAAGGUCAGUCUCUGAAACAUUGAAUUUUAUUAGAAUUUUUACUUUUUGUAAUUGGUGUCAUUCAGGAUAUCUCAGUCAGUUUAGUGACUGACUAUGGACUGGAUGACUGGGGUUCAGUCCCUGACUUGGACAGAGAAUUUUUCCUCUGUGUAACUGCUGCAAACUCAGUCAUGUUAACAAGUAAUCAAGAAACAUUUUGUUCCAAAUUUCACACUGAAGCAAUUCAUAUAUCACCUACAUGCUGAUGGUAAGUUGUUGAAUGCAUUUUUUGUGAAUAUGGACACUUCUUGUAUUAUUCUGUCCAAUGCCAGUACACUGAUGGGACCAAAGGACAGUUUCGUACUGUAUUCUUGUAUUGCUGUGUUUAUUAUUUCUCCUGGUCUAGUAUUAGUGAUUUUUAACUUACAUUAGUACAUACGUAUAUUAUAUAAAUAUAUUUUAAAUAUGUAUAGCCAACUUUUCUUAAUUUAUGUGUAGACCAAGAGUCAAAGAUUUUUUAAUUAAUGAGACAUAUUUUCUGUAAUAAUAUACAGCUUUGUCUGUUUAUUCAUUAGAUUUUGUAAAAGAGGAUAUUUUAUAUUUAUAAAGAAUUUUAAUGUUAAUGAAUGUGUUGUGGCAUGUUGAAAAUUUGACAGGUUUGUGGUUCUUUGUAAACAGUGAUGCCAGUGAGUGAUGUGAGCGUUGAACAUGAUGUAUUUAUAUGUUGACACUUGUGUUUCGACUCUCCAAACCACAAUCCUGUUAACGGUACUAUUAAAUACAGGAAAAUCAGUAUC